CCCCAUUACUCACGCAAUGAUGCUGUCACAGCGUAAAAAAGCUGGUUUUUAGUCUUUGAGCCACAGCGAAGCUGGGAGCAGUGACUAGUUGGCAUGGCUAUCAUCACAGAAGAACCAGAAGCAGAAGCAGACUCACACUCACAGAUCCCAAAACCCCGCAAACCCAAACUCAAAACCCCUUCUUCUCCACCCCCCAACAGCAACAACAACCCCUUCUCCUUCUGGUUCUACUUCACCCUCUCCGUCUCCCUCCUCACUCUCUUCUUUGUCUUGACCUCCAGCCUCUCCCCCCAAGACCCCAAGACCUGGUUCCUCACCCUCCCUCCCCCCCUCCGCCACCACUACUCCAACGGCCGCACCAUCAAGGUCCAAACACAUUCCAACGAAGCCCCCAUCCAAGUCUUCACCCUCCAAGAGGGUCCCACAUCGUCCGAAAACAUAAUCAUUCUCCACGGCCAGGGUCUCAGCUCAUACUCCUACCGCCACCUUGCCCAAUCCCUCGCCGCCAACGGACUCCACGUCACCUCCCUCGACCUCCCCGGACACGGCUUCUCCGACAAGUCCGUCGAGGCUUCCGUCGAGGGCGUAAACGGGGUUUUUGGGAGGUUUUGGUACGUUUACAGCGAGAUUCAAGAGAGGGGUCUUUUCUGGGCGUUUGAUCAGAUGGUGGAAACGGGUCAAAUUCCGUACGAGGAAAUUCAAGCUCGUAUGUCGAAGAGAAAAACAAGAAAGCCUAUUGAUUUGGGUCCACAAGAGAUGGGGAAGGUGUUGGGGGAAGUUAUUGAUUCCAUGGGGCUUGCACCUGUUCACUUGGUUCUGCACGAUUCCGCAUUGGGGUUGAGUGCUAAUUUUGUUUCUGAGAGGCCUGAGUUGGUGAGGAGCGUGACGCUUAUCGAUACGGCGUCGUCUACUAAGGGGGCUUUUCCCGUUUGGGCUCUGGAGGUGCCUGUGGUGAGGGAGGUGGUGUUGGGGGUUUCUUUUGUUUUUGCUAAGGUGGUGGCUUUGUGCUGUUCCAAGAGGGUUGGUGUCGCCGAUUCAGAGGCGUCGAGGGCCUUGUUGAAGGGAAGAGAUGGGAGGAGGGCGGUUGUGAAUGUUGGGAAGAGGGUGAAUUCUAGCUUUGGCUUGGAAGAGUGGGGUGAGGGGUUGAAAGGGAUGCCAAUGCAGGUGAUGUGGUCUGCUGGGUGGUCCGAGGAAUGGAGCCAGGAGGGUCACCGGGUUGCGGAUGCACUUCCACAGGCUAGUUUUGUUACACAUACUGGAGGCCGGUGGGCUCAGGAGGAUGCAGCAGUUGAGAUAGCUGAAAAAAUUUCUCAAUUUGUCUUGUCAUUACCAAAGUCUGUUAGGAAAGUUGAGCAAGAGUCCAUCCCAGAGCACAUACAGAAGAUGCUUGAUGAAGCAAAAAGCAGUGGUCAUGAUCACCAUCACCAUCACAGUCAUGAUCAUGGUCACGGACAUGAUCACUAUGGUGAUGCACACAUCCAUGGAGCUAAUUAUAUGGAUGCAUAUGGACUUGGUCAUGGACAUCAUGGUUGGUGAAAGUGAUCACUGGAUUUUACUGGCCAACAUUCACGCUUGCAGAUAGUAUCUCUACUUCAUAUUGCUCACACAUUGUAUUAGUCAAGAAGCUGAAGCUCGUACCAUAUGUAGUUCUCGCCAGCUAAAGCCCACAUGUUGUAUGUUAUUUAUUUUUGCUGUUUUACAUUUUCAAAAUUGCUGAAGGGUGUGAGAUGAUACACUAAGGAGCAACUAUGCAUGAGAAGAUACUUGUAAGGGAAAAAAAAAAACCUUGACAUUUUUGAGCUGAUUGCUCUUGUAUGCUCUAGUUUGGAGCUACUUUUUGUGUUUGGAUUUUGGAAUUAUUUUUUUAAAGUGUUUGGUAAGAAGAAUUUUUAACCAAUGUACUUGAGAUAUUUUAGUAAUUUAGAUAGAUGAUUGUGCUAUAUUUGUUAUAUUAA